AUUUUAAUCUGCUUCCGGCUUGUGCAUCGUAGUUGGCCAAGAUGGCUUCUCAGCAGCAGCAACAGCAGCAGCCUGGUCUAAUAUCUCAACCCGGAUUACAGACCCCUACUUCAAUACAGCAGCAGCAGCACCAGCAGCAACUGAGCCAACAGCAAGACUUUGAUCCGGUUCAUAGGUUUAAGAUGCUUAUUCCACAGCUGAAGGAGAGUCUGCAGAAUUUGAUGAAGAUAGCAUCCCUGAAUUUGGCUCAUAAUACGGCAAUCGACAACGGCAUUAAGAGCAACGACAGCCCUGUUCAACGCUUUGACAAAAGCCUAGAGGAGUUUUAUGCCCUCUGCGAUCAGCUGGAGCUGUGUUUGCGAUUGGCAUAUGAGUGCCUCUCCCAGAGCAUUGAUAGCGCCAAACAUUCACCCAAUCUGGUCCCGACGGCCACCAAGCCAGACACAGUCCAGACAGAGUCCAUGUCCUAUGCCCAGUACCUCGGCAUGAUCAAGUCUCAGAUCGCCUGUGCCAAAGAUAUCCACAAUGCUUUGCUGGAGUGUUCUAAGAAGAUCGCAGGGAAGGGACAGCCUCAGGGACUCAUGUAAACUUGGACUGACUAUUCCACCUCUUUCUGCACAUGCUGACUUAUUUGAGAUGAUUACAGCUGGGUCUGGCCCCUCUUCACAUCUUAGUUUUGUUCUGCAUUGGUCAAGAUGCUGUUUUAUUUCUCAGAAUCACAUGUAUCUAAUUAACAUGUAUAUUGUGUAAAUAUUAGUGAUUAAAAGUCAUGUUCUGAUAUGACCAGCAGGUGGUGGCAGAGUUGUAACUGCCAACUUUUGUAGCUUUGUAUUAAAUAUUAAAACCUUUCCACUGA